AUGGAUAUUGACGAGGCACCGAUCUCCAACGAUCUGUGGGGGUUCGGCGAAGUCGGGGAUCGAGGCUCCGGCGCCGUCGAGAGAGACGAGUUCGUCCAGCCACUCAGCAGAUGGGUGCAUGAGUCCAAGACUGCCACCCGCUUCAUCAAGUACAAUGUCGCGAGAGCUCUUCACGAAAAUGAAGAGCUGCGAGAGCAUACCAACUCCAAAUUUGAGCAGCUCAAUACCAACAUCAACCGGAUAGCAGUCUGUUUGGGUGUUCCACUUGCCGAAUCAAGGUCGAUGACGGUGAAGAGAUCUUCCACGAAGACUCUGCAGACCUUGUCCGCGGGCUCGAAUAAACCUGACAAGGAUCCCUCCCCAUCGCUUCGCCGCAGUCCCACCCAGGAUGCUGUUGGCAGCCAAGCGCUCGGGAGCGCCAUUCCCACCCUGACGAAGCAGAAGUCGAUCGUGCAUCGCCUCGCAGCUAUGGAGGAGCAGCAAAAGACGUUUUUCAAAAGCUUGAUGGGCAGCAGUGGUGAGGACUUGGCACUACCUCAGGCUCAAGGUGCGAGCCAGAGUCACAGCCAGUCCGUGACCAUGAGCUCACCCACCAGCUCCUUGUCCAUUCCUGGAUUUGCUGCCUCGCAAGAUGCUCGUGGCAAGCCGGGGCGACCGGAAGGACCGCCUCCCAGCAGCGACGGCGACGAGGUGCCUGCGGCGCAGGACCUGGCCAACAAGAAGGAGAAGGCAGAGGGCAUAGCCAGCUUGCAGUUGGAAGAUCCGGAUGAGGUGGAUGCAGUCGAAUCCCGAUUGGAUUUUAGUGGCUUCAAAGACUUCUACAACAAGCGCCGGCACAGCCUUCAGGACAGCGCUCACAUGUCCCCGGACAGCAGCUCCGAAGACUUUGACGGAAUGGACACAGAGGUCUUGCAUUCUCGCUCGAGUGUUCGCGAGAUGGACUCAGUGCUUCGAGGGACCAUGGAGGUCGUCGAGGAUUUGCUUCAGAGCGCGGCGUCGGCGGCCGUCACUCGCGCCGAGUACACCCUUCGACUCCGACUGGGCACGCUUAUGUCGGAGAUGGGCGGCGGUGCAGGCCGCGACCGUGCUUAUAGCCAUCACAGCACUUUUGCCGCGAGAGGGACUCCCAAGGGAGAAGAAGCGAUGAGCCCAGCGCUGCUGGUGGGAUCUCUAGGCCCAGAGGAGCGGCAUCGAUGGCCAGCAAUGCGACACCUGGAGGCGGUGGUCGAAGCCGACGAGUGUCCAGCACCCCCGCCGAACCAGCGAGCAAGAAGUCUGGGUGAGCCUCCUCCGGAACGUGGACCAAGCCGAAAAAGAUCUUCCACUGUGCACGUGGACGUCGUUGAGAGCUAUCCGGUCCAGAUCUAA